UGCCCGCCCCGCCGCAGCCAGGGAGGCGGACGGUGGAUCGCAGCUCGGAGCCGGAGCCGAUGGCGGCCGCCGACCCGCCGGGCGCCGGAGACCUCUCGCAGCUGGCGGAAAACCUGCUGAAUCAGCUGCAGGAGAAUUUCCAGGCUCUGACUGAAAAGAUAACGAUUUUACUGGAAGAAAUGGGUGAGCGCAUUGAUGACCUUGAGAAGCACGUUGCUGACCUGAUGACAGAGGCUGGGAUAGAAAACACCGAUGAAAAACAAUGA